AACAAACAAACAUAACAGAGACAUGGACCUAGAAGCAGCAAAUGCAAACAAUCACAUUAUGGAUUUCACGGAGGAUGCAGAAGAAGAGGAAAGGAAAAACUUUUACAAAAUAAUCGCUGCCUUCAAGUGCUACCGAGCAAAUUCAUUAAGUCACAUAAAUCGGAGAGAAGCUUAUGUCAAUUCUCUUCCCGGUAGUCAUCAAGAAAUGUUAAUCGAAUAUCGUGACCACCUUCAAAAGGUGCGUUAUUGUAUUGACUCAAAUUACAAAGUAAUCAAACACAUCAUCCAGGACGCAGAUUGCCUGUUCUAUAAUGAAACGGAUAACGUUCAGCACAGGCAACCGAUCAGUGCGCCGAAAGUUCGUAGUCAAGACGUUCAGAAGGUACAAAUAACUCUUAAGCAAAUAUUUCGGGACUGGACAGCGGAAGGGCAUUUAGAACGAGAACAGUGCUACCGACCCAUAAUAGAAGAAAUAACUUCUUUCUAUAAUCCUCAAAAAUGUGAUGUGGAAAAUAUUAAAGUGCUGGUCCCUGGAGCUGGCCUAGGUCGACUUAUUUACGAAAUCGCCUACAGAGGAUACUACUGUGAAGGAAACGAGUUUUCACUGUUCAUGCUGGUUGCAUCAAACUUUGUAUUGAACAGAUGCGUCAUCGAGAAUCAAUGCACGUUUUACCCUUGGGUUCACCAAUACGUGAACAAUAUUUCUCGGAACAAUCAAAUCGAAGCUAUCACGUUCCCCGAUGUCAGCCCGACAAAGUUUCCCCCUAAGGGUACUAUGAAUAUGGUGGCGGGAGAUUUCCUGCAGGUAUAUCGCGACGAAGACUAUUGGGACUGUGUCGCCACUUGCUUUUUUAUAGACUGUGCCAAUAAUAUUAUCGAGUUUGUGGACGUUAUCUAUAGCAUACUCAAACCCGGUGGUAUUUGGAUAAAUUUAGGGCCACUUUUGUACCACUUUAGUGACGUCCCCAAUGAGAAUAGUAUAGAACCAACGUAUGAAGAUCUCAUAGUUAUUAUUCGCUCUGUCGGAUUUAUUAUUUUGAAAAACAAAACCGACGUCAAUACAAAGUACGCCCAGAACCCUAACUCGAUGCAUCAAAGUGAAUACAAGAGCAUAUAUUUCGUUUGUCAGAAACCCGACGACACCGAUUAG